AUGUGGCUGUGCUCUUUGGCCGUGGGCCUCAUCUUGCUGGUUGUGUCGGGGACCCUGUGUGAUGUACAGGACAUUUGUGUUGGGAGCCCUGGUCUCCCUGGAACCCCCGGAUCCCAUGGCCUUCCAGGCAGAGAUGGAAGAGAUGGUACCAAGGGAGACCCUGGACCUCCAGGCCCCAUGGGUCCCCCUGGAGGAAUGCCGGGCCUGCCUGGACGUGAUGGACUGAUUGGAGCCCCUGGUGCCCCUGGAGAGCAUGGAGACAAAGGAGACCCUGGAGCAAGGGGUCCCCCAGGGCUUCCAGCUUAUCUCGACGAGGAACUCCAAAGCACCCUCCAUGACCUCAGACAUCAGAUCCUGCAGUCAGUGGGAAUCCUCAGCCUGAAGGGCUUCCUGCUGAAAGUGGGAGAGAAGAUCUUCUCCACCAAUGGGCAGUCAGUCGACUUUGAAGCCAUUCGAGAGACAUGUGCCAAGGCAGGAGGCCAAAUUGCUGUCCCGAGGAGCCCAGAAGAGAACGCAGCCAUUGCGAGCCUUGUGAAGAAGCACAACUCAUACGCUUACCUGGGCCUGACUGAGGGCACCACCCCUGGAGAGUUCAACGACCUGGACAGGACUCCCGUGAAUUAUACCAACUGGUACCCAGGGGAGCCCAAGGGCAUGGGCACAGAGAGGUGCGUGGAGAUGUACACCAAUGGGCAGUGGAAUGACAGAAACUGCCUGCAGUACCGCCUGACCAUCUGCGAGUUUUGAGUAGGCUGAUGAAGUCA